CGACAGUGACGGUCCCCUGCACCGCGCCGGGAAUAAAAGCCCCAUCAUCCUCCUGCGAUAGGAGCAUCGCUGUGGCGGAGAUAGGGCAUCCUCCCCGCGCCCAACACUCAUGACAACCGACUAGGUCGCUCGAACACGCAUUAACCGAGGGGAUAAAAAGGGCAGCAGUAUGGCGAAACAUCGACCAGAAAGAGACAGCUGGGGUGAGUGGUCCCUCAGCGAUAAAAAUGUCUACGACUGGAGCUCGGAGGAAGAGGAGCCAGAUGGACGAGCCAGGCCCAUCCAGGUGUUGCUGGUCAAGGAUGACCACACCUUCGAGCUGGAUGAGACGGCACUGAGCCGCAUCCUGCUGGCCGAGGAGGUCAGAGACCGCGAAGUGGUCGCCAUCUCGGUGGCCGGAGCUUUCCGCAAGGGCAAGUCCUUCCUCAUGGACUUCAUGCUGCGGUACAUGUACAACCAGGCAUCUGAGACCUGGCUUGGAGACUCAGACGAGCCUCUUACCGGAUUCUCCUGGAGGGGGGGCUCAGAGAGGGAGACUACAGGGAUCCAGAUCUGGAGCGAAGUCUUCCUGGUGGACAAACCAGACGGAACAAAGGUUGCUGUAUUGCUAAUGGACACACAAGGCACGUUUGACAGCCAGUCGACGCUGAGGGAUUCGGCCACCGUGUUCGCUCUGAGCACCAUGAUAAGCUCCAUGCAGGUUUACAAUAUCUCACAAAAUGUUCAGGAAGAUGACCUCCAGCACUUGCAGCUUUUUACAGAGUAUGGCAGACUAGCAAUGGAGGAGACUUUCCUUAAACCAUUCCAGUCCAUGAUUUUUCUGGUCCGCGAUUGGAGUUUUCCCUACGAGUUUCCCUACGGACAGGAGGGAGGCAUGAAGUUCCUCGAGAAGAGACUGAAGAUCUCAGAAAAUCAGCACGAGGAGCUGCAGAACGUCCGCAAACACAUUCACUCCUGCUUCACCAACAUCUCCUGCUUCCUGAUGCCUCACCCAGGCCUCAAGGUGGCCACCAACCCACUAUUUGAUGGGAGACUUAAAGAAAUUGAUGGUGAGUUCACAAACAACCUGAAGGUUCUGGUCCCCUGGCUCCUCAGUCCUCGUAACAUAGAUGUGAAGGAGAUCAAUGGCAGUAAAAUCACCUGCAGAGGCCUGUUGGAAUACUUUAAGGCAUAUAUCAAAAUUUACCAGGGCGAGGAGCUGCCUCAUCCAAAGUCCAUGCUGCAGGCCACAGCCGAGGCGAAUAAUUUAGCAGCCGUGGCAGCCGCCAAAGAUCUGUACAACAAAAAAAUGGAAGAGGUGUGUGGAGGGGACCGGCCCUUCCUGGCGCCCAGCGAGCUGCAGGCCCGCCACAGCGCCAUCAGGGAGGAGGCCCUGCAGCUGUUCAGGGGCGUGAAGAAGAUGGGCGGGGAGGAGUUCAGCCGCCGCUACCUGCAGCAGCUGGAGGGCGAGAUCGACGAGGUCUUCGUCCAGUACAUCAAGCACAACGACUCCAAGAACAUUUUCCACGCCGCCCGCACGCCCGCCACGCUGUUCGUGGUCAUCUUCGUCAUGUACGUGGCGGCGGGGAUCACGGGCUUCGUGGGCGUGGACAUCAUCGCCAGCCUGUGCAACAUGAUCCUGGGCCUGGCGCUGAUCACGCUCUGCACCUGGGCCUACAUCCGCUACUCGGGGGAGUACAGGGAACUGGGCGCCGUCAUCGACCAGGUGGCCGGCGCGCUGUGGGACCAGGCCCUCUACAAGCUGUACAACGUGGCGGCCAACCACCGGCACCUGUACCACCACGCCUUCCCGGGGCCGCGGGCGGACGAGGGCGCCGAGGACCCGGACAAGAAGAGGGACUGAGGGGCAUAAAGGACAGAACACAGCAGAGACUUCCUUGGGUUUGAGGGGGCGAGGAAGAGGAGGAGGGAGACGAACGUCCUCACCCAUCGGGCGCUCUUUUACUCUGCUGUUGGUGGGCGAGGCCCACCAGGCAGCCACCACUUUAACCCCUGAGAGGGACUGUAUAGUGUUCAUGCAUUAGGUCGUGUCAGAGCACCCGCUCAGCCGGACGCACCGUAUCAUCAUCAUCAUCAUCAUCAUCAUCAUCAUCAUCAUCAUCUUUCACUCUUUGCCUGCGAGCACACAUGUACAGAUACUGUGGGCGCUCCAAUGGGGGACACCUCUGAUCAUACCUCACCCAGUUGGCUCUAUAUUUCAUGUCCGACGUGUUUUUUUGUCUCUUUUUUUUCUCAAAUUCUUGCUUUUUUAAUCGUCUCCUUUUCUUACCGUUUGUCACAAACCAUUGUUUUUAACAAAGUACAGACAAAAUCUGUGAAAUCCCCACUCGGGACGAUUUAGAAGUUUAGUGCAGAUUUUUAAAGGUUAUGAGCUUCGAAAGCAAAAAUCUGUCCAGUGGGGCAACAUCAGCAGCGUGGUGGGCGUCUGUCUGCUUUGAAACUCAGAAAACAAAAAAACAACAACAAAAAAAACA